GGAUCUGUCCGAUCGUACUUACGACGGCGAAGAUGAAGGUGACCGGCUAGUCCGUGGACUGGGACAGCUAGUUGACGGCCAGAAGGGAGCCGACAACUUUAGAAUUGAUAUACACGGCUUCGGCAAAGGAUACGACUGGGUCGGCUGGCGUAAUGACUCACUCGGCUGGGCCGGCAAACCGGUCGAGAUGGUGUUCGAAUUCGACUCGGUCCGUAACUUCAGCUCCAUGGUGCUGCACACCAACAACAUGUUCAGCAAGGACGUACAGGUGUUUGUUCAUGCCAAGGUGUUCUUCAGCAUAGGCGGCCACCAUUUCACCGGCGAGCCGGUACAGUUCUCCUACAUGCCCGACACGGUCAUGGAGAACGCCCGGGACGUCACCAUCAAGUUACAUCAUCGCGUCGGGCGCUAUGUGCAAAUUCAUCUCUACUUCGCCCUGCGAUGGAUCAUGCUGAGCGAAAUAUCGUUCAACUCCGCACCCGUAACGGGCAACUUUUCCGACGAGGAAGUCAACGGAAAUUCGAUACCGCAGGAAAACUCCGUCGAGUAUCCGCUGCAACGGGACGAGUCCGGCAUCAAUAUCGUCAACAAAGGCGAACGGAAUCAUGUUCCGCAAAUCAUCUCGCCGAAGCCGAUCGACCAAGAACCGGAGCCACACUUCAUCGGUGUCAUCAUAGCGGUCCUGACCACCAUCAUUUUGCUGCUGAUCGUCAUCAUCAUGUUCAUCGUGGCGAAGAACAAGCGCACCCGGACGGCGGCGGUGCUCGACGCGUUGCAGCAAAAUUUACAUACCGAUAGUUUAGGCAUCGAUAAACGGUUGAAUAGCAAUUUUAAGGUAUCGAUAGACGACAAUGAAUCGAUUGAUAAGAGCAGCCUGUACCACGAGCCGUUCAAUGUAAAUAUGUACACCAGCGCCGCCAGCGGUUGUUCCAUGAACGACAUGCAACGUCACCAUAUCACUCCGGAUUAUACGGAUGUUCCUGACAUCGUGUGCCAGGAGUACGCCGUGCCGCACAUGCAGGACCUGAUACCGAAGAUUCCCGGUGGCUACGUUAGCGUUCGGCUGACGCCCCCGACGCUGAACAACAUCUUCCCGAAGCCACCGCCGGUUCCGCCACCGCCAGAGAAGUACUACGCAGCGACGGCCAUCUGCAAACCAUCUACCACACCGACCACUCCGUCAAACCAGCAGCUGCAGCAGCAACAGCAGCAGCUAAACGCCUACAGUGACCUGGACCUCGGUGUGUCCGACGACGAUCUGCAGCUGAGCGAGUAUCCGCGCGACAAGCUGGUGAUAGUGGAGAAGCUGGGCUGUGGCGUGUUCGGCGAGCUGCACCUCUGCGAGACGAAGGGCUACAGUGCCAGCCUGGUUGCAGUGUCCACGCUGAGGCCGGGCGCCUCGGACCAUAUGAAGAAGGAGUUUCGCUCGAAGGCGAAACAGCUCAGCCGGCUGAGCGACCCGAACAUUGUGAAGCUGCUCGGUGCCUGCCUGAAGGACGAACCAAUCUGCAUCGUGCUCGACUACAAGUACAGCACGGACCUGAACCAAUUCCUGCAGGAGCACACGGCCGAAACCGGCUCGCUGGUGCAGCAUAACUCGUUGAGCUACGGAUGCUUAAUAUACAUUGCUACACAAAUAGCGUCGGGAAUGAAGUACCUAGAGCAGAUGAACGUAGUGCAUCGCGAUGUGGCGACAAGGAGCUGUUUAGUAGGACCGCAGCUGGAGAUAAAAAUCUGUACACUAGGAACUGUGAUAAAUCGCAUAGCAUAUCCUGCUGACUACUGCCACCUGGAAGGUGCCGGAAGACAAUCACAACCAAUGCCAAUUCGGUGGAUGGCCUGGGAAAGCGUCCUGAUGGGUAAAUUCACGUCCAAGUCCGACGUCUGGUCGUUCGCCGUCACGCUGUGGGAAAUUCUGACCUUUGCCCGGGAGCAACCGUUCGAGAAUCUGAGCGACGACAAGGUGAUCGAGAACAUCGGUCACAUGUACCAGGACAACAAGAAACACAUUCUACUUCCAAUACCGGUCGGGUGCCCGAGAGAGAUCUACGAUCUGAUGUGCGAAUGCUGGCAGCGGAACGAAAACAGUCGACCGAACUUCCGCGAAAUCCAUCUCUUUCUGCAGCGGAAAAAUCUUGGUGAGUAUUUUCACCACAUUUAAGAAAUCGAAAUCGAAACGAAUUUAGUAAACUAAAGCAAACCAAUGUUGCCAUUGCCUCUCAAUAUGCAGCACAACCGCACACCAUUGUGAACGAUCCUGUCCGGGUGCUGACGGCCAAGCGAACGAAAACACUGACCCGAAACUAGGCACGUGAAUCCAUUUUUUAUUCAAAUUAAAAAUAACAAACGAAGCGAAUCGAUGCUGCAGUCUAUAGGCUCACUAACACGCCCCACACACGACAUCGAACUGAAGCAUGGCGCCAGGAGACAUGAAAGCGGCAAGAAAAAUGUGAUUUUUAUGUGUGACCCGGUGUAGUGUAGGCAAUCGGAGGCGAAUCAAUCAUGCUCACCCGCGCCCAACAUCCAAACAUCCAAAACUUCAACCAGACAGUUCCGCCAGGCAGUGUGAGUAUCGUGGCCAUCCUGUGACGCAAUAGAACUUAAUCGAGUACGGUACAUUGUCAAACUCUAGUGAUAAUCAUCUUAGCUUGUAAGUGCAAAGCGAGUGUUUCUUUCGACACCGCGACACCAUAUCGAGCGAGGAAAAGCGGAGAGGCCCCGUGGCCCAAUCCGGUCCCAUUGAUGUUCCCCUAGUUGGGUCAAUGUUUCUUCACUGUGAGUAUCUGUGUUAGGUGAAUCACAAGCACUCGAGACUGUCAUCAAGUAAUGUCUAAACGGCUAAAAAAGCAUAAAGUGAACGGUUUGCGAAUUAUCGAUCCCACCAAAACGAAGCACGACGGAAACGCACGGGGUCCUUCCUUCCUGGGAUGUUACCAAACCGGCACGAAGUAUAAGGACUUUUAUGCGGUGAUAAUUCACAGUAUGAGCAAACAUUUAUGAACUGCGUUCAGAUCACGUUGUGUGAAGCGGACACUGAAACUAACCGACUGAGGGUUGAGCCAUGUUUUGACUACUGAAACUAUGCAAAAUGCGCAGCCGAAGCGCUCGAUCGAUUUCCGCAUACC